AUGCAGUACGGCAACGUAAUCAUGGAGCAGCAUCAGCCCGCCCCGUCCUUCCUGGUGCAGCUGCUGCACUCGGUACCGCACAUCAACAUCACGCUGCACCGGGUCAACGAUACGUUCAAUCCGAACAGCACCAUCUACAUCGAGAGCCUCGGCAUACUGGCCUCGAUACCGGCGGCCCUGCUCAUCAUCUCGCUCGUGUUUCUGCUGCUGUAUCUGCUGACGCGCUGCUGCGAUCGUAAGCCGCGCAAACCCAAGUCGCACGGCUGCCAGAAAUGCACGCUGAUCUUCUUCGCCGUCGUCUGCUGUGCGGCGAUCGGGCUGGGGCUGUAUGGCAACGACGACCUGCACAACGGUGUGCUGCAGAUCUUCGGCUCGGGCCGCAAAAUCGAGCAACUGAUACUGAACGUGCGCAAUCAGACGGAAAUAGUGAAGCACAACCUCAAAUCGAAGGUAGUCCUGUCGGAGCUGGAGCAGAUCUUCGAGCAGCCACCGCACCGACCAAACGUGACCGCGCUCUAUCUCCUGCACGAUACGGUCAAGAUGGCCAAAGAUAACACGACGCUUGCGAUCAACGCGCUGGAAACGAUCGUCUAUUUAACGCGGCCAGCCUACACGGACAUUACGCUGAAAAGCUUGCUCGAUACUUACGAAUUUUACGAGGAACUCCGGUGGCCCAUAACGCUCGGUUUCCUGACCUUCCUGCUGCUGCUCUGCAUCAUACUGAUGAUCGGUGCGACGCGAAGUUCGCGCUGUGCCCUCAUCUUCUUCAGCGUCUGUGGCCUGCUGGCCGUCACCGUGUGUUGGCUGCUCUCCGGCAUCUAUCUGGCCAGUGCCGUCGCCCUGGGCGACUUCUGCAUGAAACCGAACGAUUACAUCUGCAGCCAUCCGAAGCUAAAGGAUGUCCAGUAUACGUACUGUAGCACGGUUGGCACCAACCGGUACGUGCUGCGGCUAAACGAAUCCAAAGUGCACGUGGACCGCGCCAAAGAAUCGCUCGAAACGGUGAACGGCAUCGGCAUGGAGCUGUACCCGGGCAUCCAGAUCAGCUCGAAGGUGAACAAGAUCAACGGCGAGCUGGACGACAGCAAGCGCCAACUGACGGCCCUCUCGGUGAUGCUGGAUCGUCGCACCGUCGCCGAGCAUUACGCGGACGCUACGCGUAGCCUGUGCGAAGGUGGUCUCCUCGGGCUCACACUAAUGCUGCUGGCCAGCUUAGUGUCGGCCGCCAUACUGAGUCUGCUCGUGUGCGUCGACUCACACACCUGGAUUUAUCUUACGAAAAAACGACCCGGCUACGAGGACAAAGCGGAAACGACUCCACUGUUCCCGGCCGGUUCGAAUGCAUCGCCGGCCGCCCCAAUCAUCGCUUCCGGUACGAUGACGGUCAACCGAACGCUGCUGCACGCACAGACGGCCACCAGCAACGGUGCAACUGGCGUCAGCGGUGGUACGGGUCUGGGAGGCGCCGGCGCCACCGGUACCCUCAUCCCGACCAGUGGCCGCAACGGAACCACACACGGAAUGCGCGGAGCUUCGGGGCACCACACUCUCGGACGGCUGCCAUCACAGCAUGCGCCCAUAAUGGGCCCAAACAAUGGCAAGUAUGCCACGCUCAGUAAACAGUGCAAAACGCUCGAAUCGAACGAUUUCUACUGA